UGGGUCACUUACUUCCAGAAGGCAAAACUGACUGAAACUAGUUUGGCAAGGAAAAUAUUUCAAACGUAGAUUUGGCACGGUGAAGGGGAUGGUGGCUAACAUUUACUACAGUACUCUAAGCCUGAAGGCAGCUUAACUGUUCAGGGUAAAAGAGAAAAAAAAAAAGCAAUGAAAGGCUAAAUCCAGGUUUGAACUUUGAGCGGCCGGCACCUGCCCCCGCUGAAAACCCUCUCACAUGUUGCUAGCUUCCGGAGGAGAGCGAUGACCGAGCACCUGCUGAAAAUACUGGUCGUCGGUGAUGGAAAUGUUGGGAAGUCGUCCUUUGUGCAUCGCUACGUCAAUGGACAGUUCAACAAGUCGUACAAGAUGACGGUGGGAGUGGAAUUCUCUGUGAAGGUGCUGCACUGGUCGGAGGAUGAAAAAGUCAGACUGCAACUGUGGGAUGUCGCAGGCCAGGAGCGUUUCAUAUCCAUGACCAGAAUCUAUUAUAAAGGCGCGAUGGGCUGUGUGGUGAUGUUUGACGUCACCAGCUCCUCCAGUUUCCUCAGCUGUCGCCAUUGGAAACAGGACCUGGACAACAAGGCCACGCUUCCCAACGGAGAGUCAAUCCCCUGCAUUUUACUGGCCAACAAGUGUGACCUUGCCCAGCGGGUUGUGUCGGCGAACAGCAUCGACAGGCUCAGCAAAGCCAAUGGCUUCGUCACGUGGAUGGAGACCUCGGUCAAAGAAAACGAGAACGUCGGAGAGGCUAUGAGGAGGCUGGUGCAGGAGAUCCUGUCAGUCCAGUCGAGUCUGGAGUCGCUCCCCGCUGGACCUCGGCACAAUGUUGAUCCUCGGCUGCACUCUGAGCUCGGCGACAGCGGCAGAGGAGCGGGCUGUUGGUGAAACGCUGCUCUCUUCUUACCAAGCGAGUCAAGCGAACACCUGCACCACUAGUUCACAUCCUCGAGUUGUUUGAGUUGCCACCGAGCAAGGCACUUGACCCUCAUGUACACAGUGAGGCUGUCAGCAGUAGAGGAGGAAAACCAUCUCAAAUGGAGCACUUGAAGCGGUUUUGCCAAUUUGAUAAAUAUUUAUGUAGUUGCACGAUUCUUGCACUUUUUAGAGUAACAUCUUCAUGGUUGAAUGCACUUAUUGUAAGUCACUUUGGACAAAAGCCUCAGCAAAAUGAACGUAAUGUAAUUUUAUAUUUUUAGUUUUUCUGUUCCAGUGCACACCCUGUCUUUGGGACCCUAUAACUGCAACUAAAUAUUUUGAUUUUUUCAAAUUAUUGUUAAAUUAAAAAAUUGCACACAU